GUCGUCUGCCGCCGCCACUGCCGCCGCCAUCUGCUGCCGCCGCUCUACUCCCCAGAUCUACACAAACCAGGCUGCUUCGCUCUCGCAGAUCACCGGCGUCUCAAACAAGCUAGGGUAGUCGUCGGGGGGAGGGGGGCGCUUGCUGCUCCCUCCGCCGGCACCAUCUCCAGUGCCGGUGCCGUCUCUCCCUACUGGAUCCGGAUCCGGAGUCGCGCCUCCACUUUCUUCAUCCUGGUCGAGCCGAGCCCCUUGGGAUCUACCGUUGCUGUCUGUAUACUACUUCGGAUGGAAUCCAGCAAGACACAAUCUCAAGGUUCUGCCUCUGUUCCAAAGAACCCAGCCAUGUCCUCUUGUCGGAAGAAGAAGUCUGACGACGUUACGUUCCUCGAAGAUCUGAAAGACCAUAUCGACGAGUUCAUCCACGCCUCCAUGGAUGAGCACAAGCAUUGCUUCAAAAACACCAUCCAGAAGAUGUUUGGGAUGUCAAAGGUUGUCGCAGAGCGUUCCGCUGAAGCAAAAGAAGCUGAAGUCGAGAGCGCUUUGCCUCUUCAGACCAGUGUCUCGCAGUAGGAUGCUAUGGCUGAUGGCAGCUUGUUGCCUUCUGUUGGCUGUGUGCCAUCCUGUGGAGCUUAACAAUCAGUAGUACCUGUAAUAGGUGAAUCGGGAGUCUACUGCUGUUUUUUUUUAUAAGAAAUCUUGAACAAAUUAGGGUCAACAACUGUUGAAUUGCUGAUUUGUUUUGCUCAUAUAGCACAUUCCUACUCUAUCCUAACCUUGUCUAACCUUGUAUAUGAGGGGUCAAUAAAGAAUUCUGCCCACAAGAUUCCUCGA